AUGGGAAGGGGAAAGAUCGCGAUUAAGAGGAUCGAUAACUCGACGAGCCGUCAAGUGACCUUCUCGAAGCGAAGGAACGGAUUGUUGAAGAAAGCCAAGGAGCUCGCCAUUCUCUGCGAUGCUGAGGUCGGUGUCAUCAUCUUCUCCAGCACCGGCAGGCUCUACGAUUUCUCCAGCUCCAGCAUGAAAACGAUAAUAGAGAGAUACAGCGAUGCCAAAGGGGAAGCCAAUUUGGAAAGUAAUCCAGCUUCAGAAAUCAAGUUUUGGCAAAAGGAGGCCGCGAUUCUAAAGCGGCAGCUACAUAACUUGCAAGAAAACCACCGGCAAAUGAUGGGGGAAGAGCUCUCUGGACUAAGUGUUGAAGACUUGCAGAAAUUGGAAAAUCAGCUUGAACUGAGCCUUCGUGACGUACGAAUGAAAAAGGAUCAUAUAUUAGUCGAAGAAAUUCAAGAACUCAACCGCGAGGGGAAUCUCGUGCACCAAGAGAAUUUGGACCUCCACAAGAAAGUAAGCCUAAUGCACCAACAGAAUAUGGAAUUACACAGAAAGGUUUCAGAGGUUGAGGGUGUGAAAAGCGCAGACAAGAAUUCUCUUCUCACAAAUGGUCUAGACAUGAGAGAUAACUCCGGCGAACCUGUCCAUCUUCAGCUCAGCCAACCGCAGCAUGAUGAGACACAUGCUAAAGCUAUCCAACUAAGCUACUUUUCCUUCAUUGCAUGA